AAGUAUGCAUAUUAGAACUCUAUAAAGCUAGCAACUUUGCUCUGUAGAAAUGUCACAAACCAUUACUCCUUAGCUUCUAACUGUUUUACAGAUUUCGAUCUUAGAUGUUGACAAUGGAACGAAAAGAAAUUAUCCGUCCGGUAAUAGACAACCCUUUCCUCAACAUCGUCGAAUUACCCGGCGACACCGUCAAACGUGACCCCGAACCUCUCAACGCCCCCAACACCGACCUCCAUGGCAGCUCGCCGGUACUCUCCAAGGAUGUCAGCCUCGACCCAAACAAAGGCACCUGGCAACGAUUAUAUAUCCCGAAAGAUGUUAUGAUCAAUAGCUCUUCUUCUUCUUAUUCUUCCCCGAAGAAACUACCUCUGAUUGUGUACUAUCACGGCGGAGGAUAUGUUUUUAACCACGCAAACUCGAGUUUGUACGAUGUUUUUUGCCAGGGUUUGGUGGAGAAGGUGGGGGUUAUGGUAAUUUCACUCGAGUACCGUCUCGCCCCGGAGCACCGCUUGCCGGCGGCGUAUGAAGACGCCGUGGACGGGCUGAGGUGGGUGAGCUCGACCCAAGACGAGUGGGUCCGCAACUUCGCGGAUUUGGACAACUGUUAUCUUUCCGGCACCAGCGCCGGCGGAAACCUUGCUUACUUUGCCGGGAUAAGGGCGGCGGCGGCGGCGGAAGAGCUCAAGCCGCUUAAUAUCAAGGGGAUGAUCUUGCACCAUCCAUAUUUUAGCGGGAAGACGAGGUCGGAAUCCGAGGAGAGGCUCAAAAACGAUUCCAUUUUGCCGCUGUACGCGAUUGAUCAGAUGUAUGGUCUGUGUUUGCCGAAGGGUGCCGGCGGCGAUCAUGAGUUCCGGAACCCGGGCGUCGACGGCGGGUCGAAACAUCUUGAGGAUAUAAAGAGGUUAGGUUGGCGGGUCCUCGUGACGGGUUGCUCCGAUGACCCGUUGGUGGAUGCCGGUAAGCAGUGUGCGAAGUUGCUGGAAGGGAAGGGGAUUCCGACAACGGCGUCGUUUGGGGAAGGAUAUCAUGGGAUGGAGGUUUUCGACCACUCCAUGUCGGGCCCACUUUAUCAUGUAAUCAAGAAUUUCAUUUCUUGAUUUUUGAUUUUUGUUUGGGAUUGGAUAUUUGAAUAUUGUAAUAAGAUGAAUUUUGAUAAGGACUGCUAAACCUCUAGCUACUUAUCCAUGAU